CAAGGGAAAAGUUAUGAAAUCGAAAAGCUGCGAGUCUGUGAGAGUCUGUGACCAACUUUUGCAUGCUUAAUCCAGGAGGGAAGCAGCAAUGCUGUUCCAAGCCAGUGGUGAUGGUGAAACUUGUCAGAAAUUGAAGAACACCAAGCGGCCCGAAGAAGUUGAUGAAUGCAAGGCUGGGUAGAUCCGCCAUGCUUGAGGAGCUGAUGCCAUUCUUUAUGAUACAAGCUUCUUUGUCGGUGCAAUAAUCCCGUUUCACUGUGGACCUUGAUGAAUGCGGCUGUUGUUUCAAGAUUCUACACCACCAUCGUCCGGGCAGCGCAUCACUCUGGCAGAUCUAGAUUACAAAUCUACAGGGCCUCUUCCUUGUCUUCAAGGAGCGAUCCAGCAGCCAGGCGAGCUGGGCCGUUUCGCAGCAUGGUGACUGAAACCAUGAGGUCAGUUCCAUCAACAUCUCCAGGCCCCUCCCUCCAGCCAACAUCUGCCUCCUCUCAGUCGCAAGCGCAGCCUGCCAUUGAGCCUCAAGAGCUGGCGACCGCUGAGGCGAUUCAAAGUAUGCUGGCCAGUGUUGAUGACAUCAUCUUUGAUUGCGACGGUGUGUUGUGGCAUGGCGACAACCUGCUACCAGGGGUCCAAGACACGCUGGCUGCGCUGCAGCGGGCCGGAAAACGACUGUUUUAUGUCACCAACAACGCUAGUAAGAGUCGGCGCCAGUACUCUGAAAAGAUAAGGCGGCUUGGGAUCGAAAACAACCCCCGCCACGUGUACGGCUCUGCCUAUGCUGCUGCGAGCUACCUCAAACGGCUGGGUUUCGAGAAGAAGGUCUUUGUCGUCGGUAUGGAAGGCAUUGAAAACGAGUUGGAUGAGGCCGAGAUUGCCCACAUUGCCGGGAGUGGUUACGUGGCACCCGGAUGGACCGUCGAUGACGCAGCCGGCAUCGAGCUGGACCCGGAGGUGGGGGCUGUUGUGGUGGGAUUUGACAGCCGGGCCAACUAUUGCAAGCUAGCCGCGGCUGCGCAAUACAUACGAUACAAUCCCGGGUGCUUAUUUAUCGCAACGAACGCCGACGCAUCAGCAAAUGCCAGCAACGGCAGAAUCAUCCCGGGGGCAGGGACGCUAGUUCGCGCCAUCCAGCUCGCGACCGGACGUGAACCGUUGGUAAUGGGCAAGCCGGAGCCGUUCCUGUUGGAUGCUAUCGCGGAAGAGCACGGUAUUGCCAAAAAUCGGACGCUCAUGGUUGGGGACCGGCUGGAUACCGACAUCGAGUUUGGGUUCAACUACGGCAUCCGCACGCUGCUCGUUUACACAGGCGUGACCACCCCCGAAUUGUUGCAUGAACACAGGACGAAGAAGCAGAUUGUGCCCGACCUAUGUUUGUCCCGGUGUUUCCAGUUUGCUCUCAGGCUGUCAAACUGGUCGUGGCGGAAAAGCAGGCAGGUAGCCGAAGUCGGGUGCCGGUGAAGCACGUCUAAAAGAGCCAUCGACAUUUCGAAUAUAGAAUCAAAGGCUUGAUAAGUAUCAAGCAGCGAACUUAGUCCAGCAAAACAUUACGGUUCUUGAGCGGGUGGCUUCAGUAUGUUUCGGAGUGCAAAACGGUCGUAUGUUGUCAACAACAUCCAAUAUCUGCACCUUACAAGGAGUUAGAAAGUCGCACAUGUCCCACGACUUCCUAAAUAUCAUACAGAACGUUGUUAAUCACCUGAUUCUCAUAAGUAAAGUGCAUGUGAGGAGCCUCGAGACCGGGCUGAGACUCACUGAGCCUAGGCACGGGUGAAAUGCUCAGUCCCGCUGCCUACCGCACUGAUCGACCAUGAGGAAUACAGCAACUGGC